AUGUCGAUCACGCCCAAGCCCGAACCGGAAGACACCCCUCUCCCGCCCAGGCCGGCCCCGGACGCAAAAGCGAAGCAGGCCGCGCUCAAGGCGCACGCGGAGUACCGCCGCGCGCAGGCGUGGGCGAUCGCGCGCUGGCCGCUCGAGAAGCGCGUCGUGCCCCGCCGCGCGCGGGUGCACCUUCCCCGGACGUACCUCGCGCGCCACGGGAGCGACGUGCGCGUGGUGCACGCGGGCGCGGAUUUGAACCAGUUCGUGCACGGGCACUAUUGCGAGGAGGUCGAUGCCGCGCGGGGGGCGAGGAAGCUGGCUGCGGGGGACGCGGAGGGGGUCCUGGCGAGGAGACACGAAUACCUCGGGCCCGAUCCGCGCGUCGUCGGCUACUGGGUGGACGCCGAGGGGGACUACCACGUCAAGUUCUACGACACGUUCCUGGGCGACCAGUGGAUGGACGACCGCAAGUGGAAGUUCGACGUGCGGAUGGACGAGGACGGCAAGUGGGUCGAUGUGGACGAUUGA